UGCAAUUGGCGUGUUAUUUCUCUCCAACAGACUGCCUUAUGUGAACCAGUGUGGCUAUUCACUGUGUGACUUUAGCCACAUGGAGACUGUGUUUAAACUGUAGACAUUAAAAAACAAGAAAUAGUUUAAAAGUUGUUGCACAGAGAUGAAGGGGCAUCAGGACAGCUUACGCAGAAUGAACUUCAUGUGUUGGAUUCACCUGCUGCUUCUCUUUUUGUGUUGCCAUCAUGAGAUAACAACUGCUCCCAGCAAACCUUUUUGGAUGUUACCUCAGUUCCCCUGUGAUGUCACUUCCAUCAAUUCUUCUGUGGUCAUUUUUGAUUGUAGAGGACGUCAUCUGUACAAAGUUCCUUUUGGGAUAACAAGUAAUGCAACUGAUCUUGACUUAUCAGAAAAUUUCAUUAAGAACAUCACCGUCCAGCCACUCUCCAGCCUGCACAAUCUGAUUCGGCUCAAUCUCAACUGGGCAAACAAGCACAAAAGAGUGAUAAUUGCUGCAAAUGUUUUCAAAAACUUGACGAAACUCAGUGAGCUGAGCUUGGCCGGCAAUGGCCUGAAAACUAUUCCAGAUAAUAUCCCCAUCAGUUUGAAAAACCUUGAUCUGAGCUACAACAAGAUCAUUUUGCUGGACGACCGCAACUUUUCACACUUAACAAACUUGACUCAGUUGUAUCUCUCAAAAAACUGCUACAUGUGGAAUCCGUGUGGGGAAGCGUUUCAAAUUAUGGACAACAGCUUUGCUGCCCUGACCAAACUCCAGGCUCUGGACUUGUCUUCCAACAACUUAAGCCAUGUUCCCAAAGGAUUGCCCCAUUCAUUAACCACGUUGAAUCUUGCCUCCAACAAAAUACAGCACAUAUAUAAAGAUUAUUUCAAUGGGCUGCAUAACUUAAAUGACCUUCAGAUACAGGGGAACUGCCCAAGAUGUAACAACGCUCCUUAUCCUUGUGUGACUUGCCCCAACACUUCUCUUGGCAUUGAUGAUGAUGCAUUUUAUAGUCUAACACAGCUUGAGAAACUGAACCUAGGAGGAAACUCACUGCAGUACCUGAAUCCCUGUUGGUUUAAAAGGCUGAGCAAGCUUAAAAUGCUUGAAUUGUCAUUCAACUUCUUACUAAAAGCUAUCACAGAGGAGGCCACAUUUCUCAGAUACAUUCCUGGGAUUGAAGUGAUAGAUGUGUCCUUUAACUAUAAUUUGAAGCUUUAUCCUACAACAGUUAAUCUUUCAAAAGAGUUUUCCAAGCUCACAUCAUUAAAAAACUUGCAUUUGGAGGGUUUAGUCUUCCAAAACAUUGGACCAGACACACUCAAACCCCUGUAUCAGCUUAAAAAAUUUUCUGUGUUGGAUUUGGGGACUAAUUUUAUCAUUCAUACAGAUCCUAAUGUAUUCAGAAAAUUCCAGCAUUUGAAAAUUAUAUAUCUUGCAGAAAACAGGUUGUAUCCCAUUCCAGACAUAACCCCCCCGAUUCUAAAAAGGGAAAUAGCCAAUCAAAUAUCUGACCGUUCCAUUUCACCUUUCUUGAAACCCAAUCCAAAAGGCUUUGCUUAUGAGAUAUCACACAGAUUCAUACAGCCAGAGUGCCUUGACUCUGGUAGGGUUCUUAUCCUCAGCUCAAACAACCUAUUCUUUAUUUCUGCAAAACAGUUUGAGGGAUUUGGAAAUAUUGCAUGUCUCAACCUCUCAGGGAAUGGAUUUUCAGCAGCCCUUAAUGGCACUGAGUUUUUCUUGCUGCCGAAUCUGACAUACUUGGAUCUCUCUCAUAACAAGAUUGAUCUGGCCUAUGACAACGCUUUCAAAGAGCUGCAGCGUUUACAAGUACUAGACCUCAGUCACAAUGCACAUUACUUUCAAGCAUUUGGCAUAACGCAUAAUUUGAAUUUUAUUAAGAACCUGCCUGCUCUGAGAGUGCUGAAUAUGAGUCACAACUCCAUUUCCAUGUUAACAACAAAAAAGAUGCAGAGCAAAUCUUUGGCAGAACUUCAGUUUACACAUAACUUACUUGGAACUCUUUGGAAAGAAAGAGAUGGCUCCUAUGAGGGACUUUUCACUAACCUUACUAAUUUGACAGUUUUAGAUAUAUCCAACAAUCGCAUUUCAAAGAUUCCUCACAGCAUUUAUCUGCAUUUGCCCCGUAAACUCAUCAAACUAUGCAUCAGUCAUAACUUUCUGGCUGACUUUGAAUGGCAGACACUAAAGUUAUUCCAUCAACUUAAAAUCUUAGACCUGAGCUUUAAUCAUUUGUCUCAUGUGGCAGGUAUUAACUCAAACAUCACCAAUACUUUGACCUUUCUUGAUCUGAGUCACAACCACAUCUUUCAUCUGGACAAUGGGUUUUUCAAAGGGCCAAGAAGCCUUGUAACUCUCAGUCUGAAAAACAACCAACUGACUACCAUCAAUCAAUCGACCUUCCCAGCCGGACCUGAGAAUCAACUCAAGACUUUAUUCUUACAGAGGAACCCUUUCCAAUGUACCUGUGAUUCCUUAGAUUUUAUUGUAUGGAUUAAAAGCAGCAAUGUAAAGAUUCCUAGACUGACAACUCAAGUGACAUGUUCUACACCAGAAGACAAAAAGGGUAGCGUGCUGAUAAACUUUGACAUUAAACAGUGUGUAAAUGACAGUGAAGCAUUCCAAAUGUACAUUCUCACGACUUCUUUCAUUAUAAUGUUCAUGUUUGUAGCAACAGUUUCUCAUUUAUUCUACUGGGAUGCUUCUUAUGUUCUGCAUUAUAUGAAAGCUAAGUUGAAAGGGUACCGAUCUUUGCACUCACCAGAUAAUGUCUAUGAUGUCUUUGUCACAUACGACACCAAAGACCCACUUGUCUCUGAGUGGGUGAUGAGGGACCUCCGGGUAAAACUUGAAGAGGAAGGAGAGAAGCAUCUGCCUUUGUGUCUGGAGGAAAGGGACUGGCCCCCUGGUGUCCCUUUAGUGGACAAUCUCACUCAAAGCAUCCAAUAUAGUCGCAAAACUAUGUUUAUCUUGACAGAGGGCUAUGUCAAGACGGGUAUCUUCAAGAUGGCAAUAUACCUGGCCCACCAAAGACUGCUGGAUGAAAAUGUGGAUGUGAUAGUGCUGCUGAUGCUGGAGCCCGUCAUGCAGCAUUCACACUUCCUGCGCCUGAGGAGACGGCUGUGUGGGAAAAGUGUGGUUGAGUGGCCGAGAACUGCAGCCGCUGAGCCCUGGUUUUGGCAAAAUCUAAGAAAUGUCAUCAAAGUGGAUAAUCAAGUGAUGUACAACAAAACAUAUUCAAAGUACUUCACCAGCAAGUAAACCAGAAUGUUGCUUUGACUUAACGUGUUUUUUUUAUGUUGGUUUGUUUUUUAUAAGGGGCUAAGUUUUGUGUUGGUCCAAAAUGUCCUUUUUGUUUUUGUUUUUUUCUGAAAUGGUUGAUAAUU